GGGCCAGACGUUUGGGCGGCUUCCCCGGGCGCAUGCGUGCCGCCGCCUGCCCACCGACACCCGGCCACACACAAAAUGGCUACCAACUGAGCGUCUACCAAAUUGAUUUUUUUUCCUCACACACGUUUAUAAUACACAGUAUUCAAUAAUAACUAAAGUACUUUAAACUCCGGUCGCCGCGCUACGAGAAACCAGUGUGUGUCUUUAAAUAAAACACUUUUUUUUGGAUUAUAACCUGUGCACGCAAGAUCCGAUCAUCAUUCGGGACUUUCUAAAUGCUUCUUGGACAAAUGUGCCAUCAUUUCUACAUUUGGACCACCGCUACGCCCGUAAUACGUAAAAGCAAACAACCAUGCUGAAUAGAACUUAACACAAAGGCUCCAAUAAACAACAAUAACACAACACUCACAUGUGUGUAAUAACAACACAUAUAUGCCUUUAAAGAUAAAAGGGAAAGAUUGAAGUGGUAAAAGGUAAAGAUUGGAAAGGAAAGAUGGCGUCAUGCGUAUCGGGCAGUCACUUCGGGCCGACGAAUCAGGACUACGUGCCGGUCGCGGAUUUUUACGCGGACAAAUCAGUUUUCGUCACUGGCGGUACGGGAUUCAUGGGGAAGGUGCUCGUAGAAAAACUAUUGAGAAGUUGUCCGAAAAUAAAAAGGAUCUAUUUGUUAAUGAGGCCGAAGCGCGGGCAGGACGUCGCGUCGCGCCUCACCGAGCUCACACAGUCACCGUUGUUUGAAACAUUGAGAAGAGAGCGGCCCCAGGAGUUGACGAAGAUUGUGCCGAUUGUUGGCGACAUCACCGAGCCGGAGCUUGGCAUCAGUCCGUCAGAUCAGGCCAUGCUCUGUCAGAAGGUGUCGGUGGUGUUCCACUCGGCAGCGACGGUGAAAUUCGACGAGAAACUGAAGCUGUCGGUGACGAUAAACAUGCUGGGCACGCAGCAGCUGGUGCAGCUGUGUCACCGCAUGAUGGGGCUGGAGGCGCUAGUCCACGUGUCGACCGCGUACUGCAACUGCGAGCGGGAACGCGUCGAGGAGACGGUUUAUGCUCCUCCUGCGCACCCUGAGCACGUCGUCACCCUCGUGCAGACGCUACCCGAUGACCUGGUCGACAGGAUCACGCCAGAUCUAGUUGGUGACAGGCCUAAUACAUACACAUUCACAAAGGCUUUGGCGGAGGACAUGCUUAUAAAGGAGUGCGGUAACCUCCCUGUUGCUAUCGUCAGACCUUCCAUUGUGCUAUCGUCACUCCGCGAGCCGGUCAAAGGCUGGGUGGACAACUGGAAUGGGCCGAACGGUAUCAUCGCCGCUGUGGGCAAGGGCAUAUUCAGGACGAUGCUCGGCUGCGGCACGAGGGUUGCGGACCUGGUGCCCGUCGACACCGUCAUCAACCUGAUGAUUGUGUGCGCGUGGCGGACGCACAUGAGACGGGGCGACGGCGUGAUGGUGUACAAUUGUUGCACCGGGCAACAGAAUCCGAUCACGUGGCGGGACUUUGUAAAGACAAGUUUCAAAUAUAUGAGGAAACAUCCGUUCACCGACGUGCUGUGGUACCCCGGCGGUGACAUCACUAACAGCCGGCUGAAGCAUGGCACGUUGUCGCUGCUGCAGCAUCGUGCGCCCGCACUCCUCAUGGACUUCAUCUCCAAGUCCACCGGCAAGAAACCCAUGAUGGUAAGAGUCCAAAGCAAGCUAGAGAAAGCGGCCGCGUGUUUGGAAUACUUCACGACGCGACAAUGGGCGUUCGCGGACGACAACGUGCAGGCGCUGUGCGAGUCGCUCUCGCUCGACGACCGCCACACGUUCGACUUCAACGUGCGCAACAUCGACUGGGACGCGUACAUCGAGUCCUACGUGCUCGGCAUAAGGAGGUUCCUCUUCAAGGAGAGUCCAGACACGCUCGGCAAAUCUAGAGCGCUUUUGCGAAGAUUACACAUAGUCCACAUCGUGACCCAAAUCGCAGCCGUGUUCUUCGUAUGGAGAUUCCUAUUCUACCGUUCGAACAUGCUUCGCAAGUUAUGGCGGAGUAUCAUAGACAUGCUGACCAGAGCGGCGCGCCUACUGGCCAUCGCCUGAUGCAAGAUGACAUUAUCAACGCUUCCGCAGCCAUAACUGGACGUACGGCCGGGGUCAUUGCAACAGGCGCUGGUGAUGGUGCGGUGAUGGGCGGUGACGGUGUUCACGGGUUUGUUGAUGGUGUACAUGAUGGUUAUGUUACAAGUGAAGUUUGAGCUUCAUAUUGUGAAAUGCUAGAUGAUUAUGUUUGAGGUUAAUUGGUACAUGUUGAAACUAGAUCUUUUUGGGAAGGUUAAUAUUGAUUAAGAGCAGUGUUGAACUUAAAUAUUUCUGAAAUAACUUUCGAUGUUCAGACGAAUAAUUAUUUUUCACUUCUGGGUUCAGACAAUUCGGUCAUAAAUAAAGUUCCCACAUUAGAUUAUGUAGUAGAAAAUCAGUAAAUAUUAUUGUUUAUAAAUUAGAUAUUAAUAGAAUGUCACUACAAAAAUAUGGAAAUUCGUACAAAACAAACUCGUAACAUCGUCAAUGCCUAACGAACAUUUGUUAAAUCAAUUUCCAUUCAUCGUCCCACACAUCUGUUGCAAUAAAACCACGUCGGAAAAAAUAUAUUUUCUUCUUCGAAUUUUAGCUUUGGGGCAGUUGUUCUAGCUUUGCUAAGGACGGUGCAAUCGCCCCGUGCCUAUCCAAGCGCUAGUGUAAUAUAAGAUAGUUUCUGUUAAUGUUAUAGU